GAAGAGACACGUGAAGGAAACAUGGAUGCAUUAUUUGAGAUGCUCUCCAUUUCUGAUCAAAAACAAUCUGCUGCUCUCUUCCUCCCCCUGCAGGCGAUCUACAAGAUGGUGGGCACAGUGAUCAUGAUGAAAAUGAACGAGGACGGCCUGACGCCCGAGCAGAGGGUGGACAAGAUCUUCUCCAAGAUGGAUAAGAACAACGACGACCAGAUCACACUGGAGGAGUUCAAAGAAGCGGCCAAGAGCGACCCGUCCAUCGUACUACUGCUGCAGUGUGACCUCCAGAAAUAAACCAGAGGGCGAGCGGAGCGCUCCACCAGCCGCCACGGACUGCACAGAAAGAAUUUCAUGUUCCAUUCAGUUUGCAGCUAUUUCCACUGAAAAAAAUUAUAUAUAUAUUAAUGCUUGGACUACCUUUCAAUGGAUCUGCUUCUUGUGUUUGAAACACUCGUGUGCAUGAGAAUGUUAUUUGCUAUAAAAAGAUCUACACUCAACAUACAACAGUGUGCAGGUGCACACACGCAGUACAUACACACACACACAUACACACACAAACACCACACACCUCGCACAAAUAAUAUAUAUAUAGAUAUAUAAAUAUGAAUAUAUAUUUAAAUUAUUUAAAGAUCAACUGCCAAAAUGUGAAGUGUGCAAAGUAUUUUCCAUACACUUUCAUUCUACUGGAGCUUGCGCAUCAGUGAUGUGCUACGUUGAAUUUGCCGCUACUCUAUUUAUUGUUAAGAGUUUACCGAUGCUAGCUGUCCGUGUUUCAUAAUACUGAGUAACGUCGACUGAACCAAAUUCCUGAUAAUGUAUCUGCCUCCAAUAAGACACUCCGUCCAUCAUCUCAACUAUUAGCUCUAGAAGAGAUGGAUUAGCGUUUGUCCAACUUCUCCUUCCGAAACAUGCUUGUACUGUAAAAAAAAAAAAAAAUAGGAAAAUGUAAAUGUAGUUAAUUUGCAUGCCUUUAGGUUCUGCCUUAAAAAUCUCCUCAUUUUGCAUCCUGUAAUCGAAGACAGAAAGCCUUAUCAAAGCAGCGUAGACACUUGGGAGAAACCGUGAGACAAGAUUUUUACUGAAUAGGGAGCAAAAAAAAAAAAAUCACAUCGCAGUGGGUCCUUCUACAAGUUUUGUCGUAUGGGAUGUAAUUUUUGUGAUCUGUCGAGGCGUUUUAUUUUGACUGCUUUAACUGUGGGAGCAUGUUUCCUCGUAGAUUAGCUGUAGUAUAUGUUGCUAAGAAUUAAAUCCCUGCCCCUGUGCAUUUAAACACACUAUCUCAUGACAAAUAUGAUGUUGAAUGUGGAGGAAUCCAUCAUUUUGAAUCAGUAUCUGAGAUUUGAAAAGAGAAAAAUGAGCUAAAUUGCAAGAUUUGUAAAGCAAAUGGAGCAGAGGCAAGUGAAAUCAAACGUAUACAUCAGGAUUCCCCAGCGAAUGAGUGAAACUUCCCUCAGCUGCAGUUCAAUUAGGUGGGGAAAAAAAGAAAUAUUCAUCUAUAGUUGGAGAGCAUUGUUAUCAAACUGAGUUAUAACCGAAGUGUCACCAUCACAUCCACUCUUUUCCAACUAGCCUGCAGGUUGCAUAUCAAUACGAUCAAUUCAGAGGAGCUUUUAUAGAGCGGUGAGGAAGAGGUAAAAUUAGGCCCGUGCAGUAUUUUAACUUGUUUGUCUUUUUCAGUGGAAGUAAAUGAGUGCUAAUGUAGUGAGAGGAGCAGUGAAUGGUUUUUCAUUUCACACUGUAACUAGUAGAGGACAGCUGAUCCUGUAAAGCCAUGCGUUUAGUAGGUUGGACAAUUCGCCCUCCCUAACCCUUUGAAGUAUUUCUCUCUUACCAGUCAGUCAAUCUUUUUGUACUUUUUUACUCCCUUCUCUCACACAUUGUACACGUGCUGAUGCUUUCUAAAUGUGGAGAAGUUCAGCCGAGUGUGGUGCCUCCCAAACGAUUUGGAAAUAGCCUGUAAGCCCGCUUCAACAAGUGUAUCUGGCCCUGUCUGAAAGCACCGCAGACACUUUCCAACCUGCAUUUAUACCCCCGGUGUUUGAAGAGCUAGAGGAGGCUAAAGGAGAUGCCAUAUUGCAAUAAAGAUCUUAGUAUACCAGUCCAUCGUCAUCUCUCAGCAGCGUGGCGUGUCCCCCGGUCACUUUGUAAUCUGAACUUCUUUACAUGAACAUCUUUGGCCAGAUAAUGUUUCUAAUUCCAACUCUGUUGUUACUAUUAUUGCUAUCAAGAUACCAAAUGUAAGCAAAGGCAAAAGUGUACAAGGAUUCUUUUGUAGCAUGUAUUGUGUCCCUGACGACAUGGCUGCACUACUCCCUGUGUUGUGAUUUAAUCUAAUAAAAGGAACUCUAUGGGC